AUGUUGGAUUGGACUCGAAAACACUGCGAUGCGUUAUCACGACGGAUAGGUGACAUCGGUGCAAAUGAUACGGAGGCUUCUGAAAGGCUUCGCGAGUUUGAAGAAUUUUCAGCGACAGCUGAUAGCGCUGAAGUAAACAUUACUCAAGUAACUAAUAUAGCUAUUCGUUUGCGAUCGAUUGGUGGACAAAACUCGAGGAAUAAGUUAGAACGGACGAAAUUGCGACUAGAGGAGGAAUGGGCUCGUUUUCAAGAGCAGCUGUUGAAACGAAAGCUAAUAUUAGCUGCAGCCGUUGCCUUUUUUAGUGCCUCGAAAGUGUAUUUUUCACAACUGCCAAGUUGGGUGGAGAGCCCUGGAGUAGAUCCUGCUGGCAUGAAUGGAAAAACGGCAGAAGUUUUAGAAGAAGCUAUUCAGCAGCACGAAAAAUUCUGGUCCACCGUUGAGGAGACGUAUGCGGAGGUACUGUAG